UUUCGGUUCCCUCCUGACCCGGGAGCAGCACGGCCACCUCUCGCUGCCGGCCCAUGGCUCAGCAGCCGGGUGUCUGUGAGGCGCAGAAGCUGCUGAUGGCCAAGAUCGUGAUGGCCGGCGACUCCUGCGUGGGGAAAACGUCUAUCCUGAGGCGCUACACCGAGUUCUGCCCAGCCACGCUGUCGACGCCCGCUUCCUAUAUCGCCACCAUUGGCAUUGAUUUCAAAGUAAAAACAAUUUCAUUUAACGACACAACUAUGAAACUUCAAAUAUGGGACACCGCUGGCCAGGAACGAUUCCAUACCUUUACUACUAGUUUUUUCCGUGGAGCACAUGGAUUUGUUCUUGUCUAUGAUAUCACAAGUACUGAGAGUUUUCAAGGAAUUGCACGCUGGAUGAAAGAUAUACACGAGAAAACAGAUGAAAAUGUAGAAAUUAUACUGUUGGGUAACAAGUGUGAUAAGGAGACAGAACGUGCAGUUUCAAAAAACAGAGGGGAAAAGCUUGCUUGGGAAUAUGGAAUACCCUUUUUUGAGACCAGUGCAAAGGACAAUAUAAACAUUGAAGAUGCAUUUUCAGUGCUAGCCAAAGAAAUAUUGAAUAAGAGCUCCUGUAUACUGCUUGACUUAGAUGUGGUGGACCUUAGUGAAAAAACACAAAAGAGAGCUUGCUGCAAACUGUGACUGGCAGUUUUGUCUUGCUUCUGAUCAUGUUCUCUAUUUUGUACAUAAAUUUUAUUUGUACAUAAAUACUCUUGAACCUUUUAGAUAUUAAAGGUACACAAAAUUUUGAUUUGUUUAAGUAUUUAUAUUAACAAAGCAACAGCAGUAAUUGUCCACUAACAUUUUAUUUAAUUGUCCGUUACAAAUAUUUAAAAUAAAUAAAUCUUACGUUUUGCACUUAAGGACAGUCCUGGACUAUUAAGUUUCCUCAGAUGCAAGUAUAACAAACAUGUACUACUUUCCACAAAACGUGUACUUUUGUGAAAAUGUUGGCCAACACUGGUUGUUUAUACUGUAAACUUAUGAGGAAGAAGGGUGAAUUAAAUGGAGUGAAAAUAGAUCUGAAAAGAGUUCAUGCAAUAGUAUUCUAGUAUUUACAACGUUACAAGAAGCAAAUCCAGCUUCUGAGAUGGCUUAAAAUUUAAAAUUCAAAUGGGUAUGGGUAAAGCAGCCUUCCCCAAUCUGGUGCCUUCCAGAUGUGUUGGACUAUAUCGCCCAGCAUGAGCUGGUUGGGGAUGCUGGAUGUUGUAGAGAAAAAGAAAAGAGAAUUGCUUUUUCAUAUCUCAUCACUUGCGACAGAACAUUUUAAAAAUAGGACUGUUUACCAAUUCAUUCAAAACUAAUUCCACAAAGUUUUAUAUAACUUGAUUUGGCCCUAAAACAAAAGGGACAUAUGCAGCAAAAAUACAUGAUACACACCUGCCUGAGUUAUAUUGUUUAGAAAAUUAGAUCAGAAAGAAGGCUAGGCUAGAACCUGAUGUGUUAGAUUCCAUAACUAGGAAGCUCUUUCUUGCAGUACUAUGUGGUAAAGUCCAGGAAGGGAUGAUUUCAAGGGAGAUUUCAGCUGAGGAGGGGGAAGUUUAAUUUUCCUAUACCACAUGCUGCAACGGACACACAUUUAUUUAUCUAUUUAUUUAAGGUGAUUUUGAUGGGAAGUUAGUUGGCUGGCUGUAACUUCUGUGAAAUUUAGAUGAAGCCUAUUAUUUCAAAAUGUGCCUAUUCAGAUAUAAAUUGGCAUGUGCAGGUUUGUGUCCUAUGGGCCUGGGCCCCAAAUCUUAAGUGCCUAGCAAUGCUCCAAGCUCUUAGGUCUGUAUCCAAUGUUAGUCCCACUUAAAGUAACUUAAGUCUGAUUCACUUUAAUGGAUCUACUUUAAGUAGGACUAACAUUGAAUAGAACCCUAAGUAUAUUUCUUUACAAGCCACUUUGUUAGUGUUUAGGUUUGUUUCUAGAUAAUGUAAAUGUUUUUCAGAGUAGCUUUCUAAUAAAUGUUAACCAGCUUCUUCAGGAAAGGGAAACUGAAAAAUUGCUAUAUACAAAUCUUGAAAUAAUAAUA